AGCUGAUCAACAUGUGACUUUUUCUCUUCGGAUUUUUGGUUGACUUUUUCUCUCCAGUUAUGAUUGUUAAUCAAUUUGUUUUUCGUUCAAUUGGUGUCAAUAGAAUUAACAAUUUAUUUAAUUGUCGCUUCUAUUCUAAGACUCAAGUGAAAACCGUUGUUUCUGCUAUUCAACCAACUGGUCCUGUUCAUUUAGGUAAUUACUUUGGAGCAAUUAAAAUUUGGUUAAACCUUCAAGAUGAUCCUAAUCGCCAAUGUAUAUUCAAUAUUGCUGAUUUACAUUCAAUAACCUUACCUCAUGAUCCAAUUAGUUUGAAAAAUAAUGUAAUCACUUUGGCAGCAACUUUACUCGCUUCUGGAAUUGAUGAUGAUAAAUGUAUUUUAUUUCAACAAUCAAGGAUCUCUCAUCAUACACAAUUAACAUGGAUUUUACUUUCUCUUCUUUCAUUUGGAAGAUUAUCUCAUCUUCCUCAAUACAAGGAAAAGUCAAUCACUCUGAAGGAAAUACCUCUUACCUUACUUUUAUAUCCUGUUCUUCAAGCAUCUGAUAUAAUUCUGUACAAAGGUGAUGAAAUUCCGAUUGGAAAUGAUCAACUGCCCCACCUAAAUGUGGCCCGUGAUUUGGUUGAAAAAUUUAACCGAAUCUAUGGUGACACUUUUCCCGAACCAAAGGCUUUAAUGUCCGACGAUCUAUUCGCAUGUAGAGUUAAAAGUUUAAGAUUUCCAGAGAAAAAGAUGAGCAAAUCAGAAGCCAUACCUAAAGGACGAAUUGAUAUUAUCGAUCCCCCUGAAGUAAUUAAGGAAAGAAUCAUGAAAUCCUUAACUGAUUCCAAUCCAACAAUUACUUACGAUCCUGAAACUAGACCAGGAGUUAGCAAUUUAAUCUCAAUCCACAAACUAAUCACCGGCCUUUCAAUUGAACAAAUAUGUUCACAAUCAACCGGCCAAAAUACUUGUCAAUAUAAAACAAAUUUAGCUGAACUUAUUAUUGAACAUUUCAAACCAAUUAGAUUCAAAUAUCUUGAUCUAAUUAAAAACGUUGAUUAUGUUAGUUCAAUUUUGAACAAAGGAGCUUUAAAAGCUGAAAACAUAGCUGCGAAUACAAUGUCACAAGUAAAUGGUAAACUUGGUCUAAUUCCUUACUAAAAAAUUGUACCUAAAAAAAUUCUUUUCCCCCACUAAUUAGACCCAAUUAAUGAUUAAAGAGUUAAUUGUUUUCCUUUAGAA